AUGGACCCUUCGGACGGGGACUCGGCGGCUGGUCACGUCAGUGAGAACGCCAUAAAGGAUCAACCGCCACAAGACUCGAGACCGCGAAGAAAAAAAACGUUGUCGCAGUACGCCUUGCUUAACUACGAAGCGAACCGGGACGAGCAACGCUACAAUACAAACGCCGAAACGCAGCAAGCGGCGACGGGCCGUAUACGAAAAGAGUACGGUCGUUACCAAGCGCUGUCGGAACGCUACGUGGCCAACUUGUCGGGGAUCAACGCAGAACAAAGCCAGCUAGAGCUAGCCCUUCAGAAGACAGCGGAUCGUGACAGAGCUCGCGCAGUUCAGAAAGCCUUGAUGGACACCGGAAAGACGCCAGACCGCGCCACGAAGUCUCGGGACUCGGAACACGCUAACUCGGAGCACUCGUCGAAGUCUGCCGGGCCACGACUUCACGGCUCGAGACGUUCUGGAGGAUCGACACGCUCGGAACACUCGAUUGCGACCACGACAAGCACGGCUGCAACGAGGGCACGCGCCGAGGCUGCAGCGGAGCGCACUCGUGCUUCUUUCACCAGAAAGGAAGUGGCCAUGAAACUUGAAAGAGCAAGGCUCGAAGAAAAGGAGAAGAGUGCGGCUGCGGCUAACGAGCGCAGAAAAGCAGAACUAGACGCCGAGUUACAGAUUCUACAGCUGGAAAGGGAAGCAGCUGCUAUGGAAGUUCAAGCAAAAAUCCUACAAGCGGCGGCAGAACAGCACGGCGGGAAGCAUCGCUCUGACCGAACCAUCUCAGAUGUAUCAGAAAUCCGUGCUCAGCGCACUGUAGAUUAUGUGCCCAACCAGGCUGCCGUCCACAAUGGCUCAAAUGAACGGCCUGCAGAGCAGGUUGCUCCAGAAUUGAGUGGUGUGCUGAAAUACCUGGUCCGUCGAGAUUUGGUCAGCACAGGACUCGUCAAGUUUGAUGACCACCUCGAGAAUUACAGAGUAUGGAAAGCCACAUUCAAAAGUAUGGUGCGAACUCUGGAAGUUACGGCAAAUGAAGAGUUAGAUUUUCUCGUAAACUGGCUGGGCCGUGAGUCUUCGGUCUAUGCAAAGAGGCUGCGUUCAGUACAUGUCGACGACCCAGCGGCGGGGUUAGAGGUAGUCUGGGAAAGACUGGAGGACUGCUACGGGCAACCCGAAGUAAUAGAAGAUGCGCUCAUCAAGAGGAUCGGAAGCUUUCCUAAAUUCUCCGACAAAGACACUCCCAAACUACGGGAACGGAGAGAUCUGCUUCUGGAACUGGAAGCCGCAAAAGCUGAUCCCUACUUGACAGGACUCAGCUAUUUGGAUACGGCAAGAGGGGUGAACCCCAUCGCGGAGAAGUUGCCACACCGUCUCCAAGAGAUGUGGAUCUCGAAAGGCUCAAGGUACAAAGAAGAUGAUCACGUCUCUUUUCCCCCUUUCUCGUUCUUCUCGAAGUUUGUCCGAGACCAGGCCAGGAUGCGGAACGACCCGAGCUUUGUUUUCGGCGCAACGGGAAGCACCUCUCUGAGGUUUCCAAAAAAUGAGAAGGUCACGGCAAGAGAAGGCUUCAGGAACACGCCCGUUUCAGUCCAUGCGACCGACGUUACUCCAGAAGCCGUCAACCAUUAUUCGCCAGCCACAGCCGAGAGGAUGGAGGACCCUAACAGACAGUGCCCGCUUCACAAGAAACCUCACCCUCUACGAAAGUGCCGUGUGUUCCGAGAGAAACCACUGCAAGAACGCAAGUCUCUGCUGAAACAAUUUGGAAUCUGCUUCAGGUGUUGCUCCUCUACAAACCACCUCGCAAGGGACUGUAAAGUUGUGAUCAAGUGUGACAACUGUGACAGCACUGAACAUACCAGAGCGCUUCACCCAGACAGUUUCAAACCUUUGUCUUCGAGCUUCAGACAGGAUCCCGAAGACGACAGCAUUCAUCACGGACUAUCACCUGACGUAUCUUCCAAGUGCACCGAGGUGUGUGGGGAAGGUUACGGUGGAAGGUCCUGUUCCAAGAUUUGUCUGGUGAGUGUGUGUCACUCAAGCACACCUCAAAAGGCUGUGAGAAUGUAUGCCAUCUUGGACGACCAAAGCACUAGGUCACUGGCAAGGGCAGAAUUCUUCAACCUCUUUGAUGUCCAGGGAGAGAGCUCGCCAUAUACCCCCAAGACAUGUGCUGGAACAGCAGAAACGACAGGAAGGAGAGCCUCUGGGUUUCUGGUUGCAAAUAUUGAUGGCAGCGUGAAACUACCUCUCCCAACCCUGAUUGAAUGCAAUCAGAUGAUCAACAACAGGAACGAGAUUCCGACACCAGACGCUGCACGUCAUCACCCACAUCUAAAGGCUAUAGAGAGCCUCAUACCUCCAUUGGAUGCGGAAGCUCAGAUUCUGCUUCUACUGGGAAGAGACAUCCUGAGAGUCCACAAGGUGCGUCAGCAGUGCAAUGGGCCUCCUGAUGCGCCCUUCGCUCAAAGACUAGACCUAGGAUGGGUGAUCAUAGGAGACGUCUGCCUAGGUCGCGCACGCAAGCCGGACUGUGUGACCAACUUCAAGACAAAUGUGCUCGAAAAUGGACGACCCUCCCUUUUUGAACCAUGCCGCAACCAUUUUCUCGUCAAGGAGAAAUUCACUGGUCCCGUCAAUCCAACUCAGCACGUACCACCUACCCAAGGUGUACCCAUCAAAGACUACUCUGUCAAAGAAACGACAGACACGUUGUUCCAGACGACGAAGGACGACGACCAAACAGCUCCAUCAAUGGAGGACAGAAAAUUCCUAAACAUCAUGAACAAUGAAGUCUUCAAAGAUGAAUCAUGCAGUUGGGUAGCCCCUCUUCCUCUCCGCGUGCCAAGACCUCGGCUUCCUAAUAAUAAGGAGCUUGUACAGUCUCGUCUCGCAUCACUGCGACGCACACUGCAGAAGAAACCAGAGAUGAAGGAGCAUUUUGCGACAUUCAUGGACAAGAUGUUCAGGAAUAGCCACGCAGAAGAAGCCCCACCGCUGAGAGAAGAAGAGGAAUGCUGGUAUCUUCCAAUCUUUGGUGUGUAUCACCCAAGCAAACCAGCCGAAACCAGGGUCGUGUUCGACUCAAGUGCUCAGUUCAAGGGAACUUCUCUGAACAAUGUUAUUCUCACGGGACUAGACUUGACCAACAGCCUGCUGGGCGUCCUGAUUCGUUUUAGGAAAGACCUCUUCGCUGUCACAGUGGGCAUUCAGCUGAUGUUCUACUGCUUCCUGGUACGAGAAGACCACCGAAACUACCUGAGGCUCUUGUGGUUUCGCAACAAUGACAUCCGCGACAAAGUGGUGGAAUAUCGGAUGAGAGUGCAUGUCUUUGGUAACAGUCCAUCACCGGCAGUGGUUACAUACGGACUCCGGAAGACAGCACAGGAAGGAGAGGAAGGAUUCGGCAAAGACGCCAGGGAGUUCGUCGAAAAGGACUUCUACGUAGACGACGGGUUGAAGUCUCUCCCUACGGCAGAUGGUGCCAUCGACCUGCUGAAACGCACGCAACAAAUGUUGGCAGUUUGUAACCUAAGGCUUCACAAGAUAGUAUCAAACAGCAGCAGAGUGAUGGAAGCUUUCCCCAAGGAGGACCACACAAAAGAUCUAAGGGAACUCGACCUGAGUUACGACAUUCCACCGAUCCAACGCAGUCUUGGAAUUUGCUGGGACGUAAAGAAGAACGUCUUCACCUUCAGGGUUCUAGUUCAGGACACACCAUUCACCCGGCGUGGUGUCUUGUCAAUGGUGAACAGCGUGUACGACCCAUUUGGAUUCGUGGCUCCAGUUACCAUACAAGGGAAGUCUCUCCUACAAGAACUCGUCACAGAAACCUGCGAGUGGGAUUCCCCACUUCCUGAAAACAAGAGGAAAGAGUGGGAGAACUGGAAGGAUUCCCUUCAGGCUUUCGAGCAGCUAGAAGUGCCUCGCACUUAUGCGGCCGUUUCACUUAGCACGGCUCAGCAGAAGGAAGUGAACAUCUUCUCAGACGCCUCGACCAAGGUUGUAGCAGCUGUGGCGUAUUUGAGAACCACCGACUCGGAUGGUACGUGUCAUGUCGGCUUUAUAAUGAGCAAAGCUAAGCUAGCGCCACGUCCAGAACACACCAUCCCAAGGCUCGAACUGCGCGGUGCGGUACUGGCUGUGGAGCUGGCAGAGCUCUUUCAGAAAGAAAUAGACACACAACUAGAUGUGGUGCAUUUCUACACCGACAGCAAGGUGGUUUUGGGCUACAUACACAACCAAACAAGGAGAUUUUACGUGUAUGUCGGCAACAGGGUCGAACGCAUCCGAAAAUCUACACAACCAGAACAAUGGCACUACGUUCGGACCGAUUCAAAUCCAGCAGAUCUUGCUACAAGAUUCGUGCCCGCAGCCCGGUUACAGGAGACGGAUUGGCUGACUGCUGGCCUAGACUGGUGCGCGCAGUGGCAUACCUCAUACGUGCUGCUGGCAACUUUCGGCGCCCUUCUCCUGCCGAGGAAGCUGACCUACCACGUGGCUGCCUUCGAACAGGACAGCUAUCCGUCGAGGGAGAGGAGUCCAGAAAUCAAGUCCACUUUGGAAACUGGAUCCUUGUAUGAUGACAAAGGCUUGCUGAGAGUCGGUGGUCGCCUCAACAACGCACAGCUGAGUCAAGAGGAGCGGAGACCUCUAAUCAUACCUGGUAAACACCACGUCGCCUUGCUGCUCGUAAGGUACUACCAUGAGCAGAUCAAGCACCAAGGUCGGCACAUUACUGAGGGAGCAAUCAGAUCCACAGGUUUCUGGAUCAUCGGAGCAAAACGCUGCAUAGCGUCGUACAUACACGGGUGUGUCAUGUGCUGCAGACUGCGAGGAAGACAGUUGGACCAGAAGAUGGCACACCUGCCAGUUGAUCGACUCAGUACAGAACCUGCAUUUACAUAUGUGGUGGUUGUUAUGGAUAUAAAAGUACAGUUUUUCUAUAACAUCCAGUCGUUCGCUAUCUGA